AUGUCUGAAAACGGCGAGGCCAACACCGCUACGAGCCCAACAGCGACCAACUCUGCGGAUGACGCCCGUCAAGAGCUCUCAGUCCAGCUUGAGGAUCUGCUAAAUACGCUGUCGAACAAGUUCGCCGGUGUCUCCAGCGAGAUAUUUGCCAAGAUGGACGAGAUGUCAAGGCGUUUGGACAAUCUGGAGUCUCAAAUAAUGGCCGGCAAGGAGAAGCCAAAUGGACCGGCGUGA